AUGUCUUAUCACCAGCAAAUUCCUCAACACGACCCGUACGCAAACGCGUAUCCUGACUACCCCCCAGCUGCCCCCCAGCCCCACAAUGCCUACAACAACAAUCCCACCGCGCACCUCGCCCAGCAGGCCAUGCAGCAAGACUACUCGUUCGACCAGCACUCCAACUGGGACGCCAAGUCCUACAACAGCAGCUACGCCGGCUCCCAGGCGCAUCUCAACCCACACGAGAUGAGCCAGGUCCAUGCACCGCCCAUGCCGACGAUGCCCUACCAGGGCAUGGGCAACUACCCGCCCCAGCAGCGCCCUGGCAUGCUCCGCGAGCAGAGCUCAGGCUAUUCUGUCGCGCGCGACAAGCUCAUGAAGAGGCGGUCGGUGCGCCACGUCGAGCUGCAGCAGGGCAACCUCGUCCUGGAUAUGCAGGUCCCGUCCCACAUCGUGCCGAAGGGUAUGGAGAAAGCCGAAGAGAUGACCAAGUUACGGUACACGGCCGCGACGUGCGACCCGGACGACUUCAUGCGCAACAAGUACACGCUCCGGCCAUAUCUCAUGGGCCGCAGGACGGAGUUGUUCAUCGUGAUGACCAUGUAUAACGAGGACGAGGUGCUCUUCGUCCGCACUAUGAACGCGUAUUUUGCUGAAUGCAAGCCCUCUUUCAGCGUCUUGAAGAAUAUCGCGCACCUUUGCAGCAGGACUAAAUCGAAGACUUGGGGUCCUGACGGCUGGAAGAAGGUUGUUGUCUGCGUGGUGUCUGACGGUCGGAGCAAGAUCAACAAGCGCACCUUGCAAGUGCUCACGCUCAUGGGUUGCUACCAAGAAGGUAUCGCAAAGGAUUCAAUUGGUGGCAAGGACGUGACUGCACACAUCUUCGAGUACACCUCCAACGUGAUCGUCACCGAACGCGGUGAAGUCUCGCAGAGUGCUUGCCCUGUGCAGAUCAUCUUUUGUCUGAAGGAGCAGAACAAGAAGAAGCUCAAUAGUCACCGCUGGUUCUUCAACGCGUUCGGUCCCCUUAUCCAGCCAAACGUUUGCGUCCUUCUUGACGUCGGUACGAAACCCACCGGCACCUCCAUCUAUGAGCUUUGGAAGUGUUUCGACAAGCAUUCCGGCGUCGGCGGCGCUUGCGGAGAGAUCUGUGUCGAUACUGGCAAGGGCUGUUCCCUUCUCCUCACCAGUCCGCUCGCGGCAUCACAGAACUUUGAGUACAAGAUGUCGAACAUCCUAGACAAGCCCUUGGAAAGCGUGUUCGGCUACAUUUCCGUGCUUCCCGGUGCCUUCUCUGCAUAUCGGUACAAGGCCCUCCAGAACGGCCCUGACGGCAAGGGUCCGCUUGCUUCCUACUUCAAGGGCGAGACGAUGCAUGGCGCAGGUUCGGACGCUGGAUUGUUCGAACGCAAUAUGUAUCUUGCCGAGGAUCGUAUCCUGUGCUUCGAGAUUGUGACAAAGAAGCGCGAGUCUUGGGUGCUGAAGUAUGUCAAGAGCGCGAAGGCGUCUACUGAUGUGCCCACCACGGUCCCCGAGUUCAUCUCCCAACGCCGACGCUGGCUGAACGGUUCCCUGUUUGCUUCCGUGCACGCAACUGUGUUCUGGUGGCGCAUCUGGACGUCCGGACAGGGCUUCUUCCGCAAGAUCCUCCUCCAACUCGAGUUCAUCUAUAACGCGAUCCAGCUCGUGUUCACCUGGACCUCCCUCGCCAACUUCUACCUCGCGUUCUUCUUCCUGGUCUCCUCGGCUACCUCUGACGUCAACACCGAUGCCUUCAAGUUCCUUGCGAAGGGUGCCGGUCCCGACGUCUUCGAGGUCUUCUUGAAGCUCUACCUCGGUCUCCUGUUCAUCAUCCUCGUUUGUUCACUCGGCAAUCGCCCCCAGGGCUCGAAGUGGACAUAUACGGUCUGUAUAGUCCUCUUCGGCCUGUGCAAUGUCAUCACGCUCUGGUGUGCUGGCUAUACCGUUUACCUCGCGGUGCCGCACACGGUUGCGGGCUGGAAGGACUUCCCCCAUCUGGUCGAGACGAACGCUACCUUCCGUGACAUCGUCAUCUCGCUUGCGGCAACUUAUGGCCUCUACUUCGUCGCUUCGUUCAUGCACUUUGAGCCCUGGCACAUGUUCACCUCGUUCCUCCAGUACAUGUUCUGGCUUCCUAGCUACGUCAACAUUCUCAUGAUGUACGCCAUGUGCAACCUGCACGAUGUCACCUGGGGUACCAAGGGUGACAACGGUUCGGCGAAAGAUCUCGGCGGCGCAAAGAAGGUCAACAAGGACGGCAAGGAGGUCAUGGAGGUCGAGCUCCCCACCGCGCGCGAGGACGUGGACCAGGUCUGGCAGGCGUCCCGCACUGCGCUGUCGUUCAAGCCCCCAGAGGAGAAGGAGCACCGUGACGCGGCGACGAAGCAGGCCGAUCACGACCGCAACAGCCGCACGAACGUCGUCUUGGCCUGGGUCGGCACGAACAUCCUUAUGAUCCUCGUCUUCACGUCGUCGGCGUUUACCAAGUUUGUGAACGACCACGUGCAGUCGACACAGGGCGCAGCCUUCAACCCUUACUUGACGUUCCUCUUCUGGGCCUUGGCCGGUCUUUCCGCCAUUCGCUUCUUCGGCUCGUUCUCGUAUCUGCUACUCCGUCUUGUGGGUCUGUGA